UUAUUUCAUGAAAUCUAACUGUAAACACAGGUGUAAAAAUUGUGUUUUAGAACGUUAUAUUAGUUAAAUUGUGAUGUGCAAAUAAUUUAUAAAAUAUAUCAGUAUAAAAAAUAUCUUAUGUGAUCAAGAAAUAUCGAAUUAACCAAGAAAUACCGCAGUUCAUCUACGUCACUAGGUACUACACAAAGUAGGUAACUAUGUCGCGCCAAGUGGACUCGAGUAUUAUUCGACUUUUAGAUGGGUUGGGUCUCGAGGGUGACGAAAAUGACUUUUGUGAUUUUACCAUAGCCGAUCAAAACUCAGUUGCCGAAUCUCAAGGAAUAACUCCUACCACUCCCUCAAACUUCAAACCCGUGCUCGGUGGUAACGUCACUUAUGUGGUGGCAUGCGUAAUUUUGAAUGAACGUAACGAAUUGCUAAUGAUGCAAGAAGCAAAGGAGAGCUGCGCGGGUAAAUGGUACCUGCCGGCCGGGCGAAUGGAGAAAGGCGAAACUAUAGUCGAAGCUGCGGUCAGAGAGGUUUUAGAGGAAACCGGCUUACAUUGUAAACCGGAAACUUUGUUGGUCGUCGAGACAGCUGGGGGAACUUGGUUCAGAUUCGUCCUAACGGGCCAUGUCACCGGUGGUGAACUCAAAACCCCUGCUAAAGCAGACAAGGAAUCACUGCAAGCAAAGUGGAUAUCAGACUUACAGGAAAUAUCACUCAGGUCCAAUGAUAUAAUUCAUCUCAUAGAUAAAGUGAAACUGUAUAAGCAAAGAAAACCUGGUGAAAAUUGGCACAAACAAAUCCUGCCUGCGCCGGUUGCUCACACUAAGGACAUGCUGAGGUUGAUUAUAUUUAUUAAAAAACGAAGCACAAACAGGCUACAUGUUUUGCUGAGUGAAAAGUCAAUGUUACAUUUUCCAACUUGCGAAAUAAACCCUGCCAAGAGUUUACACUCCACCCUGCGAAGGUUCAUGGUUGAAAUGUUUGGGGCCGAUGUGGCUCAGCAUAGACCCAUAGGUCUUUUCAAUGUGGAGGCCGAUCCAGCAGCAGACGGCUGUUGUCUGACUCUCCUGGUCGUGUUCAGGCCACCUUUGGAAGAAGUACCACUGAUUGGUAAAUGUGUCUGGCAGGAACUCUCACCUGAAGUUGAAAAGAGAUGCAUACCGAUAGCUUCAACCAAAAAUUCAACAAUUGAAUUACAUGUAGUCCGCUAAUGCAAUGUGAAACUCACAUUAUUGGCCAUAAAAUACUCAUUUUCUAUUUUAUUGUGGUAUUUAAUAACACUAACAAUUAGUAUUAUUAAUUUGAUAUAAUGACAUACAAGGUUACUGUGCCUUGUCUAAGUACUUAAAUUAAUAUCAAUGUAUUAAUAUUCAUUUUACAUUUUGUAAUCAUAACAUUCCAGUGUACUAACUUAUUCUAUGUAUUCAAUGGUGAUGGCCUAUACUAUAAAAUAUGUAUAAUACAAAUGAACUUAUCACUAAUCUCAUAUUCUUGCCAAUACAAAGGAAUAAGAGAAGAUCUAUUCACAUGACUUUAAAUUUUUAAUAAGUUUUUUGUAUUUAAACCGGAUAAUGCAUCACAAAUUUUAUUUUGUAGAAGAAUACAACACUAUACAGAGUAGGAAAGCUAUUGCUUUUGCAGCUUUUUACAUUUUUAUGUAAUUAAUAUUACUUUUACAGCUCUCUAAAAUCACAAUUUUUAUUAAUUAAUUUUAAGUGCAUUCAAAACAUUCCCAGUUCUGACUUGGCAUUUAUUGGUCUGACAAUAAGCUUUUAAUCAUAUUAUUAUAACCAGUGGUUGCUAUUUGAUAAGGUUGUGAAUACUAAUUUUAUUUUGUAAUUUGAAUCUCUGCAGCAUAACAAUUUGAAUUGUGAUUUAGCCACAGUUAGUAGAUUUGUGUGCUGUCCCUUUAGCUACUAAAAAUAUAAAUAAAAGAUCUGCUACAAUUUACAAAGUGUAAUGAAACCCAAAAAGCACUGGUGCUACAGUAUUAUAAAGAAAGUAGAUAUAGAUUUCUAUGAUCAUGUUUGACCAAAUGACAAAAUGUUUGAUCAAUUUAGCCUACCAGUCAUAUUAUUCUAAUGUAUCUUUAAUUUAUUAUUCUUGUUUGGUCAAAUAUAUCUAAAUAUGAUAUUAUUGUUAUAAUAUUAUUCAAACAGCUUUACAAAUGUUACA